GCACACCUGAAGAAGGGGGGAAAGCACAUGCUUGUGGAUGUUUGACUUUGAUUACAGCUUUCAGACAGUAUUUGACUCCAGCUCUUCCAAAGUGCUUGUUAAUGAUUAGCGUUUAGGUGGAUGAGGAAGGAGGGAGAACAUAACAUUUUGAUUUAGUCCUUGUGUGUAGGUUUGCGGUUUAAUAAAAUGUUACACUCUGUUUGGCCUUCAUAUAUAUCUCUGAAUUUUGAGUCUGAAAGGACCUUAGGAAGUAGCUAAUGGCUUGUUGAUUUUCAAAAUUAAACUAUGAGGGACACAAUCCAUUCUGGACAGUUUAGGUAACAAAGGAUACAGGACAUAGAGGCAUCCUGAACAAGAUUCUUGACCAAAGUCUUGCGGACAACACUGGACCAGCCUGAAUUUGAGUUUACGAUUUUGGAAAAAAAUUUGUGGCCAAUCAAAGUUUAGUGAGGUUUCAUCAUUCGACAAAUCAACAGCUAAUGGAACAACGACAGACUUUGGUGCCACCAUCAUUGCUACUUCCAAUGCAGUGGUGUCUGCUGCUUCUUCCAUUGACAGGAGGUGUGACCGUAAUGCCAUGGAAACCGUGUACAGAUCUCCGUCCCAUGGACCUGUUGUCUUGGGUACUGCCCCAUAAUGGGGAGGCUCUGUCUGGGGUUCGUAUGGUGCAGGAGGGAGGUGCUCGUGGGGUGCAGGUCUUCAGUCCUACACAGGCUCUGACCUUUCCAUCCUCUCAGCUCUUCAUUAACUGCCCAUUCUUUCCUGCAGAAUUCUCUGUAGUUGCCACUGUGAAAGUGCCUCACACCAGAGUGAAGAGAAAUGAGUACUUAUUUGCUGUGGUUAAGGAGGAUGGCGAUCAACUCCUUCUUGGCCUACGUUUCUCUAAAAACAAAGUCCAUCUCCUCUACCAGGACUCAACGGGGAGGGAGCGUCUCAGCUUUAAAAGAAUCCGGCUGGCAGACAACCACUGGCAUAGCAUGGUGUUAUCCAUCAGCGGCUAUCAUGCCACCCUCACCCUGGACUGUGGCAUCCCACUGGAACUGGUUCAUAAACAGCCAUUCCCCUCUGAUCUGAGCACUGAUGGCUCCAGGUUCCACAUUGGAAGUCGAAAGCAGUGGAAAGGCCUAUUCUCUGGUUUACUGCGCCAGCUUGUCCUGUUGCCUGGAUCAGACGCAACUUCUCGUGUUUGUCCCUCUUCCAGACCGUCAAUGGUUGAACUUUCAGUCCCAGCAAUUUUGUCAGACUUGCCUGUCAAAUCCCCAAUGAAUGAUGUCCUCCUUCCUCCAUAUGAGACUGAGGUCCGUGUAACAAUGGGAUCUAAACCAGCAUGUACUGGGGCAGAGCAGGGACAACUCUGGUUUGACACUUUAAAGAGGGGCCUCUUCCUCUGUGAUGGUGCAUACUGGCAUUCUAUGUUGCAAGAGAAAGACAGACUAGACUAUGUAGACGAUUACCAAGACCUCUACACCACCUCAGAGACGCUGGAUAUUGAACUUUUUCAGAUCCCUUCUGUUGGGUUGUUUGCUGCAAUGGCUCACCGAGCCACUAAACCAGGCUCUGCCAUCUAUCGCUGGAACCAUGGCCACUUUCAGCUCUACCAAAACAUCAGCACCUUCAAGGCCCAGGCAUGGAAACAGUUCACUAUAGGGAGGAAGAUGUUCCUGGCAGUGUCGAACUCCGUGGGCCCAGCGGAUGGAGAGCGAGAGAUGUCUGUGAUCUAUAGGUGGAGCAAUAGGAGGCUGAAGUUUGUGCAUUAUCAGACAUUGGAGACGCACAGCGCUCGUGACUGGGAGGCCUUCCAUAUCAAUAGUGAAGCUUUUCUAGCUGUGGCCAAUCACAGAACAGAGAAUGGCAAUCACAACAUUGACAGCGUUGUUUACAAGUGGAACCCAGGCACCAAGACAUUUGAGGUGAACCAGACCAUCUCAACAUCAGGAGCUUAUGACUGGGAAUUUUUCAACGUUGGGCCCUACCACUUCCUUGCGGUGGCCAAUGCAUUUGAUGGCACCUCCACCCAAACAGAUUCAUCAAUCUAUAUCUGGCUUGGGGGAGCCUUUCAGCUCUUCCAGACUAUAAGGACAUUUGGGGCUACAGACUGGGAAAUGUUUCAGAUUGGAAAUAGAGUCUUCCUAGCUGUUGCCAAUGGACACAUGCUGUGUGAGAGAGGACCAAGCCUCUAUACCAUCAACUCAACUAUAUAUGAACUGGACAUGAUGACCAAGAUGUUCCUUAAGUUCCAAGACAUUGUCACUUACAGUGCGGUGGACUGGGAGUUCUUUUCAAUUGGAGAUGAGCACUUCUUAGUAGUUGCCAACUCUUAUGAUGGAGCGUCUUACUCUUUGAACAGUGUUAUAUACAGAUGGCAGGGAUAUGAGGGGUUUGUCCCUGUCCAUCGGUUACCCACGAUUGGAUGCAGUGAUUGGGAGUUCUUUACCUCAGCAGAGGGUUCAUACCUUAUGUACUCCAGCGCCAAAACACCUCUCUCCAAAGUCUUCAAGCUAAGGACCCACUGAGAGUGCUAUCAAUAGUUCACUUAUUGCUUUUUUUUUAUCAUCAGAAGUUGGUAGAAUUAAGUGAUUUUCUUUUUUACUUAAUUUUGUGAACCACUGACUGAGCCUUUGUGGAAAGCUUUUCAAUGUCAGAGAGGUGGAUCAAGAUGCCAAGGGGUGGAAGCUGGAGUUUGAUACUUCAUGAAAACUACCUCAUCUCCUUUAUAAAAGACUGUCAAGAUGCAAGGGAAACUUUCAGUUGUGAAUCAGACGUAAAUGAAAUUGUGGUUCAGCAAAAGACUGUUUUGUUUCUGCAAGAAAUAAACAUCAGUGCACAUCUGACAUUGCCCCAAAGCCACUGUCUUUGACAUAAGGGCAUAGAACACUUAGGCUCUGUGUAAUAAAGAUUAAAAUAAAUCAAUAAUGUAAAAUAAUGUAAUAAAUAAUAUGUUAUUUAUAUGUACAAUAUUUGUAUUUACCUGUUGUUCUU